AUGAGCCAGGGAGUGAUGGGCGAGGAAAGGGAAUCUACCGACAUCACGCUCCAGUUGCUGGCAAAGGCUGGGGAGAUUGCAGUACAGGAACAGAACAAGAUGCCUUCCGCGGUGUUAGCAUCGCGACUUCGGUCUAUGGACAGCGUCUCCGCCUUGAACAGUGGGAUGCCGAACCAGAUCUUAUCACGCCACGCCGCUUCGUCAGAGGAAUUAAUGGCAGGCCCCGGUCACCAAAAGCAUGCCUUGGGAAACGAGUCGACCCAGCGCCAAGAAACACAGGGAGCCCGAGGACGGCAAAAAGACGGUUUUCAAGCGGCCUCAACACUGAAAGAAGGGCAUGCAGCGGACAACAGCUUUCGAGAUACAGCUGCGCAGUUGCAACCAGUCCCGACUAAAUUAAUGAAGCAACUCGGCGUUCUACCUAUCCGGAGGGCUUGGAGGGGCAGGUCAGGCGAGGCAUCACCAGACAUCACCCAUACCCCUGUUGUAGAGGCGAUUAUGCUUCACGAAAGAGGCGAAGUCCAGCUGCCGGAGCAGCAAUGCUCAAAAUGCCGUGAAGGGGAAGGGGCCUCACCGGAAUGUGUCAAGAUCCCUGGAAUUCACAAUGGAGCAUGCAGCAACUGUCUAAUUGCCCGAGCACUGGUAAGCCCGGGAUCGACAACCCGACCGAUCCGGAGCUACUCGGCCGAACGACGGUCCAUAUCCGCCACCAUGCCUCCAUCGAUUCCGAAGGAGGACCUGAUUGCCGUUUGGAACCUAAUUGCGGGAGUUAUUUCAACGCAACCACAAGAAUGCUUCUUCGACGACGGGACAGAAACCCCGGGAAAGAGAAUCGAAGAUGCCGCUCGCUCACAGAUGCCGGUCAUCUAUGCGGUGGCUGGUGGGAGACAGCUUACAUGGAGGGAUAAGGUGGACACAGCCAACAUCAUUAUGGCUGCCGAUAAACAGAUUGAAGUCCUCCUUUACGGACUGGGGGCUAUCGGUUCAUUUUACGCAUUCAUUCUGAGUAGAUCACCUCAGGUUAGAUUGACUGUGGUCGCAAGGUCAAACUAUGACGCUGUUAAAGAGAAUGGCAUUAUUCUCACCAGUGAGAACCAUGGAAACCACACCAUCAAGCCAUACAAAGUUGUAAAAAAUGCCGCUGAAGCAGGAACCAAAUUCGACUACAUCGUCUGUGCUCACAAGGCCAUCACACAAGAUGCUGUGCCAGCCCAAAUAGCCCCAGCAGUAGAUGAGCAGAGAUCGACGAUUGUCAUCAUCCAGAACGGUGUGGGUAACGAGGUACCGUUCCGUAAUGCGUUCCCGCACGCAACAAUCAUUUCAUGUGUGUCAGAAGACAUGCAAAUUGGGUUGUACACCAAUGAAGGGAGUGACGGUGCAGUAGAGAAGCAGCGUUUGGAAGACUUUGCCGCUCUUCUGACGGAGGGUAAAACUGUCUUCCAAACGGUUCCCAACAUCCAGGUACAACGCUGGGAAAAGGUUGUCUGGAAUGCUGCAUGGAAUUCGCUUACAACCCUCACUCUUCUUGACACGCAUUCCUGGUUGAGCUCUUCAGAAGGUGCUACACCCUUAACGCGUCGUCUGAUGACCGAGGUCAUCGAUGUCGCCAAGGGGUGCAAUGUACCCAUUGACUACGACUUGAUCGACAAGCUUAUUAACAAGAUCCUUGCUAUGCAUCCCAUCGGCAGUAGUAUGCAGGCUGAUUUCAAGGCCGGAAGACCCAUGGAAGUGGACAUUAUUCUCGGGUACCCGUACAAAAGGGGCAAGGAGCUGGGCAUCGCGACCCCAACCUUGGACACCAUCUAUGUGAUCCUUACUGGUACAAACCUCCGCCUCCUCAGAGAAAACGGCCAGGCGCCGCAAAAGCUGUAG